AUGGAUGGACCUACCCAGGCUGGAGAUCUCCGCAAAAGCGAUCACGCUCGUCGUGAGAGCCUGAGCUCCCAAGACUCGCAGACGGCGAAGCAGUUCAUCGAGUCCCAGAUGCGACUGGAGGCCGAUGCGCGUGAAAUACUCCCCUAUUCCUUCGACUCAUGCACCUACGCCCUCGGCCCUCUGCGCCAGAGCCUCUUCGCGUGCCAGACCUGCAACCCGCCUCCGGAGAACCCCGACGAUGCGUACACCCCUGCCGCCGUCUGCUACUCCUGCUCCAUCGCCUGCCACGGCGAACACACCUUGGUGGAGCUGUUCAACAAGCGCAACUUUGUCUGCGACUGCGGAACGACGCGCCUGCCUUCAACCUCUCCGUGUACACUCCGGGAUGAUCCCAAGACCGGGAGGAAAGGUGCCCGCUCACAAGAGCCAGCAGCGAGCAACACGUACAAUCACAACUUCCGGAACCGAUUCUGUGGCUGUGGUGAGAAGUAUGAUCCUCAACAGGAGAAAGGCACCAUGUUCCAAUGUAUGGGGCUAGGCACGGUUGAAACUGGGGGAUGCGGCGAGGACUGGUGGCAUCCAGAAUGCCUCAUCGGCUUGUCGCGGGAUUGGCAUAAGGCUGAGGAUGGAGAUGAAACACCUCUUCCACCUCACUUCCCGGCUGAGGAUGAUUUCGACCAGUUCCUCUGCUUCAAAUGCAUUGACUCGAACCCUUGGCUUAAGAAGUACGCGGGAACGCCGGGCUUCCUGCCUCCGGUGUUCAAGGAGGGUGGAUUGAAGAAGACCACGGAGGCCAAUGUCACCCCUGCAGACAAUACAUCUCCCGCAGAGCCAGCGGAGGGGACGAAUACCAAGAAGCGCAAGGCAGAGGAUGACGAGCCUACGGAGGAAGAACCCACUGCGAAGCGGACCAAGGAUGACCAGCAGUCCUCCACACUCACCAGCAUCCAAGAAGAGUCAGGCAAACAGGAAAAGCCCCCUCCCCCUAAACAUACUCUCCUUCCAUCCUCGGCACCUACCUCCUCAUUCUCUCUCUUCCUCCAAGACAACUUCUACGAGAAACUCUGCCGCUGCGCAGAUUGCUUCCCAAAUCUUGCACCCCACCCCCAACUCCGCGAGGAAGAAGAAACCUACGAGCCACCGCUCUCCGACGACGGCGAGGCAAAUGGUCCGGGAAGUACGGGGACGGGCAGCCUUCUCGAACGCGGCGAAGCCGCACUAAGCAACGUCGACCGCGUGCGCGCUAUCGAAGGCGCAAUGGUAUAUAACCACCUACGUGAUAAGGUGAAGGAAUUCUUGAAGCCGUUUGCGGAGAGCGGGCAGGCCGUAAGUGCGGAUGAUAUCAAGGGAUAUUUUGAGAAGUUGCGUGGUGAUGAGCAGGGGAUUCAGGAUGCGGCUGGUCAGGUGGAGGCUCUUGGUGGUGGCGAUGAUCAGGAUGGUGCAGAUGGGGAUACUCGGCGGGAGCAGAAUGGGUACUGA